UGAUUUCGCUCUUUUCGCCCGCCCCCGGCCGGCGGCAGCAAAUGGCGGCCGCGGGGCCCCUCCCGGCGGGGCGGGCCGGGCGCUGAGGGCGCUGGAGGCGGAGCCGCACAAGAUGGCGGCCGGGCGGCUGCCUCCCGGGGCGCUCACCCUUAAACAGUUCCUGAGGCGGCAGCAGGUCCUGCAGCUCUACAGGAGGAUCCUCAGGGCCCUGCGGGACGUCCCCGCCGAGGCAGAUCGCCGCUACCUGCAGGAGUGGGCCAGGGAGGAGUUCAGAAGAAAUAAGGAUGCUACGGAAGAGGACGCAAUUAGGAUGAUGAUCACUCAAGGCAAUAUGCAACUUCAGGAACUUCAAAGAACACUUAAGCUGGCAAAAUCCUGAGUGUCAUUUUUUUGACAGCUGGACUUUCAUCUGCUGAAAAACAGAAUUUGGUUACAAUAGCAGGCUUUGAUGACAUCCUGGUAAUGUUUGAAGAUGGAAUCUACCACAGUGGGGUUUUGGUGUGUUGUUUUUUUUUUCUUCCCUUUCUUCUUGGCUUGGUUAUUCUUCCACGUGGGAAUCACUCAGACACAAAAGACCCCGAAAAACUGAAUGGAUGAUGUAGCAGGUGCUGCAGGAAAAGCAGAAAGCCCCCCAGAUUACAACAGCAGUGUGUUGCUAGGGAAAUGGAAAAUAAAUAUAAAACAGAUUAUUUUGUCUGGUUCCUACUGUGGUGCGUCUAAGUGGUAACACUUGGCACGGUAGAGGAACGGCUGUUACCACCACAAGGAUUUUUUUUCCUGAAUUUAGAAAGAAGCAGCAUUUGGGAUAAAUAAUAGUGUCUAAGAAAAUAAAACGUUACAUUAAAAGAAAAAGUUUUUAAUGUAGAUGUUGAUUUUCAGUUACAGCUAAAUAAAACUUAAAAAGCCA